AUAGUGUGUGGGGUCUGGGGAGAGCGGAUAUAGUGAAUGCAGGGUCCAGGGAGAGCGGAUAUAGUGAAUGCAGGGUCCGGGGAGAGCGGAUAUAGUGAAUGCAGGGUCCGGGGAGAGCGGAUAUAGUGAAUGCAGGGUCCGGGGAGAGAUUAUAGUGAAUGCGUGGUCCGGGGAGAGCGGAUAUAGUGAAUGCAGGGUCUGGGGAGAGAUAUAGUGAAUGCAUAAGAGGGGAUAAGAUCUCCAUGUGUAAUACAUAAGGGGGGAUCAUGUAUAAUACAUAAGGGGGGAUAUGAUCACCAUGUAUAAUACAUAAGGG